AUGACGCCGUUUCUGAACAAUAUCUACAGGAAGUGUAGGGAGCAGAUCGCACGGAAGCUGACCAUUUCGAGCAAGAGGAAGAUUUACAUAAUUAACAACAGCUUGUUUUUGUCCUUCAUUCUGUUCUACAUUUCUUACUUUUUCUUCUUCAAUGGGAUUAUUAACCCUGCGGUUAAGAUCGUCUUUCACGGAAACGUCAUUGCGGACACCACACAGGUAUACGAGAAUUCCAUCCUCGAAUCAAUAUGGCUACUGUUUACAAGCAAGAGUUAUUUCAACAUGGCGCUGCUGCUGCUCUUUUCGAUAAUCAUCCCCAUUUUAAAGUUCAUAAUGGUGAGCGACAAUUUUUACUGUUUCUUCAAGUUGUACAAUUUGAAUCUGCAACAUGAGGAGGAGGAAUCGGAAGAGGAGGAAGAUGAUAUUUUUUUUAUUAACACUGUGAACGAAAAUGAGCAAUUUAUUUUGAAAAAAUUCAGCAUCCUGAGUUCCAUUUCGAGGUUCCAAUUUGUUGACGUGUUCAUUUCGCUUUUCAUCGUGUCUUCUUUAAAUCUCUACUUGUUGGAGGCGAAAAUCCUAAGUGGCGCAUACCACUUUUUAAACUACUGUCUGCUUUCUACCAUUUCUUCUUUUUUCCUCCUCACACUGACGUCACUUAAAAUUCGUAUAUUUAAAAGGGGAAACAUAAAAAUAUAUUCGUUGCCUGCGGAGGGGCGUCUAAAUGGGAGGAAUAGUUUGCAUCAGGAUCCACGGGACGAUAGGAAGUUGGACUGCGUAAGGGCUGGGCCACUGUCCCAUCAUGUCUCCCAUCGUGGCCAGUUGAGGAACGAGGAGGAAGACCCAGCCCUUAGCCGAGUCAAUGAAACUCAGUUCGCACGUGAGGCAGGGGAAGACCUCGAGGAAGAAGAGGAAGAGGAAGAACACCAUGACAGUGAUGGGGUAAACAGUCCAGAUUACCCUGAUUCCGCUUUACCAAAGGGAGCGCAUUUGAUGGGUUUUGCGAAGAAAAACAGAAGAGCCGGGAAAAAAAAAGUUUCCCAUGAGGAGGGAACGCCUCCCCGAGGAGAUUCUCUACCAGGAGCGACAGGAAUGAUUGAUCACCGUGGAGUGUUCCAGCGUGAAGUGUACCAGCGUGAAGUGUACGAGCGUGAAAUGUACCAUCCUGGAAUGUCCCAUCGUCGGUUCCCACAUCGUGAUCCUUCCAUUCCGAGCGUGCACCAGAGAGGGACACAUUCACGUGAAAUUCAAUAUAGCGUAGGGAUGCAGCAAAGAAGGAGUGGUAGUUGGAAAGGAGAACCAGGGAUGAUGGGAUGCGAAGAUGAGCAUAUUAGUAGUACCUUCUAUGAAAGAGGAGGACUAAGUCAGAAGAAUGAAAAUAUGGAAGGAAGUGAAUUCCAGGCACAUGAAAGGUACGAGAAGCAACUGUUAUGUUAUAACAAGCUACAAACAUUGAAUAAUAUAAACUACCUCUACAAAGUGAUGAAAAAUAAUGACGCAUAUAUAUAUUUAAAAAAAAAAAAGUUUAACUCCUUGUUGAAGGCAAACUUCCAUCAAUGCAGAUUGAAUAUGAUAAAGAUAGGGUAUGCGUGUUUCCUUUUCCUCUUCCUUUGUCUCUGUGUAUAUUUAAUAACAGCGAUAGAAUGCAGCAUGGUGGGAAUAUACAUCUAUCUGAGCUACUUCAAUUUCAACGUGGAGGGAAUUUUAAUCGAUUUCAUUGACAUGCUAAACAUCCUAAAGCUGAAGAUAAACAGAAGUUACAUUUACCCCUUCUUCGUGAUGUUACCAUUUAUCUUCCCAGUCCUCAUUGCCUUGUGCUUCUUUCUAAGUGUUCUAUUUAUGAACCUAUAUUAUGUGAAUUUUUCUCGUCUAUACAAGAGGAUGUCUGCGUUGAAUGACGAGCUAGUGUUUAGUCCCGAGGUGGAGGACAAUCAGAAGAUGAUGGUAUCAGAGCGGUAUAACUAUUUAUAUAUAAAGAAGGAGAUUGAGAAGAAUGAUCGUUUGUCUAACACGUCGGAUGAUCUGACGUCUCCAAAUAAUAGUACCAUUUCGAGUAGUAAAAGUGAAGACAUAAACACUAGUUUUAUUUUCAAUAGGAUGUUAAACUUUUAUUUCUCCCUCUCCGUUUUUUUCACCUCCAUUUGUUCCUUCUGUAUGCAUAUAUCUUUGGGAGAAAUCAUCUCCAUCUCGUUGCUGACUUUUUAUCAGAUAGUCAAGAACACCAAUAAUUUGAACAUUCUAGUCCUAUACAAAAGCAACACAAUAAGCUUCUGCAAGUUUUUCCUCUUCGUUGUGUACGGACUGUUGUGCCUUUCGAUAAACCUGUAUGUGAGUCAGUGGGAGCUCUACGUGAAGAAGCUGAAGAAGACGAAGAAGAGGAUCGCCCUUUUUCAAAAUAACCGCUACAGUGAAAUUGUCGAUCUGAAUAUUCAGAAGCACGAGCACUGGCACGUCCCCAUUUACUCCUACUUCUUUCAGUUUCUCCUGAAGAAGGAACACUUUUUCUCCUCGUCGAUGAAGCACAAUCACAUUACCAAGGAGCACACCGACGUGGUACAGACCAUGAUGAUACACCGCGUCUACGAGAAUGACACCAGCCUAGGCUAUCAGAACACACGCAUUGACCACGACGAGAUAAACGGUUUCAACUUGAUUUCGGACAGAGAAUCCCAGUUCAGCGCCGAGGAGGGGCAGGCGCAGCCAGCAGCGAGAACCGCGGCGACAACGACAGGGACAACAGCAGGGACAAUAGCUGCCGAAACCGCGGCAACAACGGCAGUGCCAACGGAUGUACGAACCGACGUACGAACGGACGUACAAAUGGAAAUGUCAACGGAGGACCAUAGAGGGGUAGGAAACCCCAACCAAGAUGAAUGCUUUGUUAACAGAGGCACCGCGCGCAUUCCGCGAAGUGCACUCAGUGAUGGUUCAGGGGGCCGUGAAAAGGGUCACCCCUCAGAAGAGGCGGAGGAGCAGGAGGAGGAAGGUGACGACUCCCCCAGCGUACUGGCCGUCGCGGGGGAAUCAGAAAGUUCAGACGCCCCGGGGAAAGGAGAAAAGUCCAACGGAGAGGGAGUGACUACCUCUGGAGGGGAAAACCAAAUGGACGAAGACGAAUCGGGAGAAGCCUCCAAAGAAGGAAUAACUUUUAAGAGCGACCCGAAGGGGUAUUUGAAAAAAUUUAUGCCAGUAAAAUCCAUUUUGCUAUUCCAUCUGGAGAAGAGGAAAAAUAAGAAGAACAAGGGAGGUGGUAGCGCAGGAGGAGGAAAAGGUUUUGGUGGCCUCCUUGAAAGACUCCUGAAGAAAGUACUAGGAGUGGGAGGUUCAGAAAAAGUAUCACUAGUUUUUCUCCUCCUUCACGGAUUUCUUUUUCUUCUAAUUUUUAUCACCACGAUGAGGGUAUUCUUUAAGAGGGAGGAGAUAUUCCGCUUCAACAUGGAUGCAGUGAAUAAAAGGCUUAACAACUUUUUUAAGUCAGCCCAUUUUCAUUCGCUCAUUCCUAACAGCAUAGGGAAAUGCAAAACGAAGAAGUACCUGGCAAAGGAGCCCUGUUACAAUGUAGGACAUAUUUAUCACGAGGAAAAAACAUUUUACCAUGCCACCCUCCUCUUUUUGCAAGGAAUCAGUUCUAUCAAAAUAGCCAAUCUUCAUUUUUACUAUGACAAAGGAAAGUACAACUUAAUUUUGGAUGGCUACUUCAAGCAUAUAAUUGGCCCCCUUUUUUUAAAGCUCUGCAUCGGAACCAACUUCUGUCCCAUCAGCACCUAUGCCUUCCUCAUUGGAAGUAAACCCACCUUCUCCAUCACCAUGUCUGCUCACUGUAAUGAUAGAAAGCCCCCCAACUACAUCACCGAUAUUGUAGUAAAAGAUUUGAAGAUAACGAAAAUUGAGGUCAUAAAACAUAAUGACAUAAUUGAGAACGUAGACAUUCAGCUGGACGAUGUGCAGGAGCGCGUGCAAGAGAAGGUAAACAACAUGCUCGCUGAACGUAAGCGUUUCAUCGUCUGGAAGAACCACAAAUACAACUUGGAGGCAUUUAUAAACUACAUCAUUUCGAAGAAUGCGCUCGCCGGCUUCUCCUGCAAGCCGAUGAAUUACCACGAUUUGUGA